AUGAGACGUUCGGUGAGUGACUUUGCUAGUGUUGUGGGUCGAGCUCUGAUUGCCGCAUCGAACCAAGCGAUUCCGAAUUGUACAUGGGCCCCGUCACUGGAGCAAACCCUCCACCGGUUGGCUUGCCGGGACUCGUUGAGUCCAGCACUCGUGUCCCGAGUCAUCGACCCUUUCCUCCUUAAUCACCAUUCCCUCGCUUUGGGCUUCUUCAACUGGGCAUCCCAGCAGCCGGGAUUCUGUCACACUUCCACCACCUACCAAGCCAUCCUCAAAUCCCUCUCCCUUUCCCGCCAAUACAAUGCCAUUGAGAAGCUAUUCAAGGAAGUCAAGGCCCACAGAAUUCACCUUUCUCCCGACGUUUAUGAUUCCUUAAUUAGUUCGUUAAUCAGUGGAAAGAAAACCCAUUUGGCGUUCUUGGUGUUCGCUGAAGUUAGUUUGUUAACUUCUGAGAUUGGAUCCAAAACUUGUAAUUCACUUCUUGCUGCUCUGUCGUCUGAUGGGAAUGUACUAGGCGCCCGUAAGGUGUUUGAUGAAAUGAUUAGUAGAGGUGUUAGAUUGACUACGCUUGGGUUUGGGGUGUUCAUAUGGAUGUUUUGCCGAAAUAAUGAAUUCAGUGAAACUUUAAGUUUGUUGGACAAAGUUAGAGAGGUUGAUUUUUCGGGAACUAAUGGGUCGGUUAUUGCAGUUUUGGUGGCUCAUGGGUUGUGUUCGGAAGGUCGGUUGAGAGAUGCCAUAUACUCGUUGGAAGAGUUGAGGAAAAGAGAGUGUAAGCCUGAUUUUAUGGCAUAUAGAGUCGUUGCAGAAACAAUGCGCAUGAUGAGAAGGGUGGUUGAUGUGGAGAUGGUGCUAAAGAAGAAGAGAAAGCUGGGGGUAGCUCCAAGAACUAAUGAUUAUAGGGAGUUCAUUCACGAGUUGAUUUCUGAGAGGCUGAUAUGUGAAGCAAAAGAACUGGGUGAAGUGAUAGUGAGUGGAAAUUUUCCAAUAGAGGAUGAUGUUCUCAAUGUGUUGAUAGGAUCUGUGUCUAGUAUAGAUCCUGCUCGUGCAGUGUUGUUCUUGAAGUUCAUGCUUGGGACUGAAAGAUACCCGACACUACUUACUUUGUCCAAUUUGAGUGGGAAUCUUUGUAAAUAUGGAAAAACUGAUGAAUUAGUAGAAGUUUACCAAGUUUUGUCCGCCAAAGACUACUUCAAGGACUUGGAGAGUUACAAUAUGAUGGUUUCAUUCUUGUGCAAGGCUGGGAAAGUGAAAGAAACUUAUCAGGUUCUUCAGGAAAUGAAGAAGAAAGGGUUGAGUCCAGAUGUUUCUUCUUACAAUUAUCUUCUGGAAGCUUGCUGCAGGGAAGAUCUUGUGCGGCCAGCUAAACGGCUAUGGGAUGAGAUGUUUUCAAAUGGUUGUUCUGGAAAUCUGAAGAGCUACAACAUACUUAUCCAAAGAUUAUCAGAAAUAGGUCAGGUUGAAGAUGCUCACCGCCUGUUUUGCCACAUGACGGAGAAAGGGUUGGGACCUGAUGCAACAACAUAUAUAUCCCUCCUUGAAGGCUUCUGCCAGGCCAAAAAUCUUGAAAUGGCUCUCAAAGUCUUCAACCAGUCUGUUGAACAUGAUGUAAUGCUUGCGAACACCAUAUUGAGUACAUUCACUCUGUGCCUUUGUAAAGAAGGGUUUUUUCUUGCUGCUUCUAAGUUACUGCACGAUCGAACUUCUGAUAUAGGAUAUACAGAGUCUCAUAUGACUUUGCUGAAAUAUUUAGCUGAUGCUGGAGAGUUUUCAUUGGUUGUUGAACACAUAAAAUGGGUUGCAGAGAAAUCGCAUGUACUGUUGCAUGCUAUUCUAAAUGAAGUAUCAGUGGCACUUUCAUCUUCAUCAAAACCGGAUGCAAUGCUGCAACUGUUUCAGUCACUGGCGGAAAAUGGCAAAAUUCCUGAAAAUCUGCUUAGCAGAUGA